CUUACCAGUUAUCCCGUUGACUACCGGUUUCGUGGGAAUAGUAUUUGUUACAAUUCCAAAGCAAGACCAAUUGAACCUAUGCGGACUUUUUACGAACUGGCUUUAUCAUUUAUUGAUAUAGAAUUACCUGUGUUUAAUUGCUUCCCAUUACGCCGUUCUUGGAUUCCUUGCUACACAACCAUCGAUUCAAAAAAAAAUUGUCAAAAUAAUCUUAAUAAGAUAGCACUUUGGUGUGAAGUAAUUAACCUAAACUCGGAUGCACUCAAACACCACGAAAAUGACGAGUUUCAGUUUAGAGAAACUAUUCAAACGGAUGGAGUAGGUGUAACUGUGAUCAAGAUAAGAAUGGAUCGUGAAAGCAGAUAUACUGCUCGUUUUGUUGUUAUGGUUGACUCAAUUCAGUACAUUUCACAAGAGAUUGCUCAAGAAACUGUUGGAAGAUGUGUUACAAUUGAUCCUCGACGAAGAGAUUUGCUAUUCUGUGUGCAUGAAAACUCAACCGCAAACAAUCCAAACAAGUUUCAAUUUACUAAAAAGUACCAGGACAGGUUUGAAAAGAUCAAAACAUACCGUAGAAUCUGUGAAGCUGUGAGACCCGCUCGAGUAGGAGCCGCUGAUAGGCUUUUGGUUAAUUAUGAUUCCUUGAAUAGAGAUAAAUUUGAACAGUAUCUUGAAAACAGGUUCAAUACGACAGGCAUCAUCCAAAAGCACUAA